UCAUUUCAAGUGAGAAUUAUAAAGGCUUCAGAUUCAGAAGUCAUGGACUCGAGUCACUUCAGCAUCAACCUUUCUUCUGUUUCCACUCGUCAUCGGAAAGUGUCCUUAGACUCUAGGGUAUCAUGGAUCCUCGUCCAAGGGUAAUCUGUCUUCCAAACACCAUGACCAACUGGCCCUGGCCCCGUGCGAUGAAUCCUCAUUAUGAAGUUGUGAAAGCUGAAGUCGAUGCUUCGUUUCGUGAAUUCAAGGCUCUGAGUGCCGAGUCACAGGAAGCAUACGACAAAUGUGAUUCUGCCCGUUUAGCAGGACUGGGUUAUCCCAAUGCAUCAAGAGAACACCUUCGAAUCGCCUGCGAGCUCAUCAAUGUUUUCCUCAUCGUGGACGAGUACACCGACGUUGAAAAUGCAGCAGUUGCCGAGGCAAUGGUGGGCAUCGUCAUCGAUGCCCUACACAAUCCUCACAAGACGCGACCAGAAGGCGAGUGCAUCCUCGGAGAAAUCAUACGACAAUUUUGGGCUCGUGCGAUUCAGACCGCAAGCCUACCUUUUCAACGUCACUUCCUUGACAGCUAUACCGCAUACCUUCGUGCAGUGAUUGUCGAGGCUCUCGACCGCGAUAAGGCUCAUUGCCGUAGUAUCGAUGAUUACAUCAAGCUUCGGCGGGAUACAUGUGCUGCAAAACCUGCUAUCGCAAUAUAUGAAAUGGGAAUGGAUCUUCCCGAUGAGGUGUUUUAUCAUCCCAUCAUUGUCGAACUGGUCGAAUGCAUUGCAGAGUUGAUGUUGACUGACAAUGAUAUGAUCUCGUACAAUAGAGAGCAAGCGACAGGGGAUGAAAACCAUAACUUGAUCACUACUGUUAUGGUGGAACUUGGCCUCGACAGAAGCGGUGCGAUGGUCUGGGCAGCACGCUAUCACACCGAAGUCGAGAAAAGGUUCACCGAUGGUCUUGCCAAGGUACCUUCGUGGGGACCUUCUACCGACGUUCUAGUCAAGGAGUAUCUUGAUGGGAUGGCAACAUGGGCUCGAGCAAACCAUUCUUGGAGUUACGAAACUCAAAGAUACUUGGGUACAAGGGGCCCAGAGAUACUGCGAACUGGUCUUGUCCAAUUAUUGCCCAAGGUCAACUGCAAAGCCUCAUCCGCGGGAGCAAAGGUCAAUGUGGCUGAUUUAUCCAUGAUGGAUGCCACAGCAGACCCGCCGGGCACACCGUCGCCCUAGGUGAUAAGUGUAAUAUAAUCCACAUCUGUUCAGAAGAACGGGCAUAGACCGCAGAUAAUGUUGCAGCGAACAUGAAAUUUAUCUUCAGGUGUGGGGCCCCUCUCGCAGAGUUCGCAGCUCGUUUUCCAUGCAUGUACCUCACGUUUCGUGGAUUGAUUGUUCAAGCUCGUCAGAUGCACAGUAGUUUACAGCGGCGAUAUCAUGAAUACAACAUCUCUUUCUACUA